AUGGCAACUCUGGAGUUAUACAGCAAGGGGGCCAGUGUUUGGGUUCCUGAUCCAGAUGAAGUUUGGGUUUCAGCCCAGCUCCUCCAUGACUACCGGCCCGGAGAGAAACAGCUCCUGCUGCAGCUCUCUAAUGGAAAUGAGGUGCAUUACCCGGUGGGCUCCCCCUCUGAUCUCCCACCGUUGGGGAACCCAGACAUCCUGGAGGGCGAGAACGACCUGACAGCUCUCAGCUUUCUCCACGAACCCGCUGUGCUGCACAACCUCCGGGUCCGAUUUCUGGACUACAACAACAUCUACACGUACUGUGGUAUUGUAUUAGUGGCCAUCAACCCCUAUGACCAGCUGCCCAUAUAUGGAGAGGAGGUGAUCGAUGCUUACAGCGGUCAGGACAUGACCGACAUGGAGCCUCACAUCUUCUCUGUGGCUGAGGAAGCUUAUCGCACCAUGACCAGGGAGGAGAAGAACCAGUCAAUCAUCAUCAGUGGAGAGUCUGGAUCUGGAAAAACCGUCUCAGCCAAAUUCACGAUGAGAUACUUUGCUGUGGUGGGAGGAGCAGCGCAGCAGACCAGCGUGGAGGAGAGAGUUCUGGCUUCUAAUCCCAUCAUGGAGUCCAUUGGGAACGCUAAAACCACUCGAAAUGACAACAGCAGCCGUUUUGGGAAGUACAUCGAGAUCGGCUUUGGCACAAACGGAGACAUCAUCGGGGCCAACAUGAGGACGUACCUGCUGGAGAAGUCCAGGGUGGUCUUCCAGGCAUCUGCAGAGAGAAACUAUCACAUCUUCUAUCAGCUUUGUGCCUCCAGAGAGCUGCCAGAAAUGAGGUCCCUCAAACUAGAUGCACCUGAGCGUUUCCGCUACACUAACCAGGGCGGGGAGAUGCAGAUACCUGGUACUGAUGAUGUGGCAGACCUGGAGCGCACCAGAAAUGCUUUCAUAGUUCUGGGUGUGCAGCCGGAUCAACAGAUGGAGCUCUUCAGGAUCCUGUCAGCUGUUCUGCACCUGGGAAAUGUUGACAUCCAAGCCAGUGGGAGAAGUUCAGACCGGAGUUAUAUUGACGCUGACGACCGCUCCCUGGCUGUCUUCUCCAAGCUCUUGGGAGUCGAGGGAUCUCAGAUGGCUCACUGGCUGUGCCAUCGCAGACUGGCUGUAGGAGGAGAGAUGCUGGUGAAACCGAUGACCGGUCAGCAGGCUGUAGAAGCCAGAGACGCGCUCGCUAAACACAUUUACGGUCAGCUGUUUACUUGGACUGUGCAGAGGCUGAACUCAGCCCUGAGCACCCAGAGGAGACGAGCCAAAUCCUUCAUAGGGGUGCUGGACAUCUACGGGUUCGAGACCUUUGAGCGGAACAGUUUUGAGCAGUUCUGUAUAAAUUACGCCAAUGAGAAGCUACAGCAGCAGUUCAACAGGCACGUGUUCCACUUGGAGCAGGAGGAGUACGUCCGGGAGGAGCUGGCCUGGAACAGGAUCGAGUUCAGUGAUAAUCAGCAGUGCAUCAGUCUCAUAGAGGGACAGCUGGGCAUGUUCGACCUGUUAGACGAGGAGUGCAGGAUGCCCAAGGGCUCAGAUGAAAACUGGGUUCGCAAACUCUACGACCAACACUUGACCAGCAAACCCCAUCCUCACUUCAGGAAACCUCGCUUGUCCAACAGCGCCUUCAUCGUCCUGCACUUUGCUGACACUGUGCAAUAUGAAUGUGAAGGCUUUUUAGACAAGAACAGAGACACGGUCUUUGAGGAGCUGAUUAACAUUCUCAAAGCGAGUCAGUCUGAGCUGGUGGCUGAGUUGUUCCAGCAGCAGGGAAAUGUGCCGUCUGUGGCCAAUGGAAGCGUUCGUUCAGGGAAAAGAGCCACCAGGGAGCAUAAGCUGACUGUGGGCUUCCAGUUCCGUCAGUCCUUACAGAUGCUAAUGGACACUUUAAACAGCACGACUCCUCACUAUGUUCGCUGCAUCAAACCCAACGACCUCAAAGAAGCUUUCCUGUUUGACCCUAAGAGGACGGUCCAGCAGCUGAGAGCCUGUGGGGUGUUGGAGACGAUUCGUAUCAGCGCAGCAGGUUAUCCAACAAGAUGGACGUACGAGGAGUUCUUCAGCAGGUAUCGUGUUCUGCUUCGGGGGCCUCAGGACCAGGAUCAGGCCCAGGCCUCCUGCAGACAGGAACUACCUCAGCUCAUCCCAGAUCCAGACCAGUACUGCUUUGGAAAGACCAAAGUAUUUUUCCGGGCCGGCCAGGUGGCUCUCCUGGAGAGGCUGAGAGCUGAGAGGCUGCGUAUCGCCGCUGUGAUCAUCCAGAGUCGGGUCAGAGGAUGGCUGGCUCGGAUCGGAUACACCAGGAUCCUCUGGGCAACUGUCACCAUACAGAGAUACAGCAGAGGAACUCUGGCCAGACGACUGGCUCUGGCUCUGCGCUACACCAAGGCUGCCCUAGUGAUCCAGAAGACCUACCGCAUGGUGGUGGUCAGACAGCUGUUCCUCAUGAUCCGACAGGCCACCAUCACCAUCCAGGCCUUCACCAGGGGCACGCUGGCUCGCUGCAGAUACAGAGUGUUGGUGGCAGAGAGGGCUGCAGUGCUGCUCCAGGCGAGAGUGCGUGGGUGGCUGGCGAGGCGGUCGUACAGGCGAAUACGAGCGGCGGUGGUGUUCAUGCAGUGCUGUGUUCGGCGCAGGGCGGCCAGGAGAGAGCUGCUGAAGCUAAAGACCGAGGCUCGCUCAGUGGAGAGGUUCAGAGAGCUCAACAAGGGCAUGGAAGUCAAACUGAUGCAGCUGCAGUUGAGGGCAGACCAGGAGGCCAGGGAGGGCGCUGCUUUGAGAGAGACCCUAAACGCAGAGCGAGAGGCGACCAGUGCUGAACUGGAGGCUCUGAGGGCGACGAUACAGAAACUAGAGAGCCAGAAACUGGAGAAACCUCCUCCUGUUCCAGUUAUCAGCGAGAAGGAGGUGGAGGACAGGAGGAGAGCUGAGGAGAAAGCUGCCCAGGAGAUCCUUCAACUCAAACAAGAGCUGCAAACACUGCAGACAGAAAAGGACAGUUUUUGCAAAGAGAAAGAGGAUCUCUCUGCUCGCUUGCUUGAACAAGAAAAAGCGCAAGAAGAGCAUGUGCAUCAGGCGGUGUCUCAGGCGAGUGCAGCUCUUCGUGCAGAGCUGGAUGAGGAGAGGAGGAAGUAUCAGGGUCUCUUGAGGGAGUUCACCAGACUGGAGCAGCGAUACGACAACCUCAGGGAGAUGAGUCUGCUCACCGAGCGCACCAAGGGCCACAGAAGGAACGACUCCAGCCAGAGUCUGAGCCUGGAGGCUCUCUGCCCCUCCCCGACUCCCCUGUCACCCCAGUCCCUCACCCCACUCUCCCUGUCGCCCUUCCCGUCUGCCUUUCCCUCCCCGGAGGAGGUCCGCAGGUUCAGCGUGACGUCGCCCUCUCUGGAGAAGAGAAUCUCAGCGUGGAGCCUCGAAGCACCAAUGGACCAGCUGAUGGAGAAGCUGGAUGUGGCCAAAGAUGUGAAGAUGAAAGGAGAAGACCUGGCACAUGCCUACGAUGCUGUACGAGUGGCCAACAAGUUUCUGGAGAGCCAGCUGCGUAACCAGCGCAGGCAGUGGGAGGAAGAGCUGGAGGCUCUGAAGGGGAAACUCAGUCUAACUAUCUCUGGUUCCUCCUCAGCUGCACAGCAACAGGAACUACAGGAGCUGCUAGAAGCCAGAGAGCACGAGUGUGUGAGGCUCAGGAGAGAACUGAAGGAACUAAGAAGCACAGUUUCACUCAGGCGACUCCUAACACAAGUUCUUCCAUCAGCUCUGACCACAGAGACUUCCUCUCUGCCUCAACCGAAGCCAGCAGCAGUCGCUGGUUUGCUGGAAUGCAGGAAGAGAGAUGAAACCAAACUCAUAAAAAACCUCAUCACAGACAUCCGGGUUGACGCGGCCUUGUCUCUGCCUCCUGGUCUGUCUGCCAGAGUGAUCUUCCUGUGCGUUCGCCAGGCCGACUGCAGCGGAGACCAGACUCGUGCUCGGUCGCUCUGCAGCGCCGCUGUCACCGCCAUGAAGGCGGCUCUGAAGAAACACAUGAAUGAUGUAGAUAUGACUGCUCUGUGGCUGAAAAACACCUGUCUGUUGCACGACCUGUUGAACCAGCACUCCCCAAAACAGACUCUUGACUCUGACGAACUGGUUCCACUGACUGCUGACCUCAGCGAUUUGAUCCGCAGCCUGAGUGACCUCAGCAUCCAGGCCUACCAGCAGCUCCUCAGCAUCACCGAGACACAUCUGCAAAACAUCAUAGUCGCUUCCCUGUUGGAGAGCGAGACCAUCUCGGGUCUGCCCGGCUCGGCGGGGAAGCUGCCAGUCUCCAGGAAGCGAGCGGGCUCGGUCGGAGCCGACGCUCCCACUAUGGCGUCUGUUCUGAGGGAGCUCGGAGCGCUGCACACCGCCAUGACCCGCCAGACUCUGCCCCGGACGCUGAUGGAGCAGGCCUUCCACCAGCUCACCUACCUCAUCUGUGCCUCUGCUCUCAACUGCCUGCUGCUGAGGAAAGACAUGUGCAGCUGGAGUCGUGGCAUGCAGAUACGGUAG